GUUGCCAUGGAGGAGCUGAGCGCGGCGCUGGCGGGCGGGCUGGGCCUGGCAGCGCCCAACAGCACGGCCGCCCCGCACCCCCGCCUGGCCGCCUACAAACCCCGCCGAGGCCCCGGGCAGGCAGAGCGCCGAGAGCGCCUUCUCCGCCUCCAGAGAGAGAAGCGGCUGGACUACGUGAACCAUGCCAGGAGGCUGGCAGAGGAUGACUGGACAGGGGCAGAGAGCGAGGGUGAGGAGAAGGAAGAGGCAGAGGAAGAGGAGAUGGAGGUGGAUGCUGGCAAGAAGCUGCCCAAGCGCUACGCCAAUCAGCUGAUGCUGUCUGAGUGGCUGGUGGAUGUCCCCUUGGAUCUGGAGCAGGAGUGGGUCGUCGUGGUGUGUCCUGUUGGAAAAAGGGCCCUCGUGGUGGCGUCCAAGGGCACAACAGCAGCUUACACCAAGAGUGGCUUCUGUGUCAACAGGUUCCCCUCCCUGCUGCCGGGGGGGAACCGGCACAACUCGGCAGGCGAGAAAGUGUACUGCAUCUUAGACUGCAUCUACAAUGAGGCAAAGCAGACCUACUACAUCCUGGAUGUGAUGUGCUGGAGAGGACACCCUGUUUAUGACUGCCAGACUGACUUCAGGUUCUUCUGGCUCUCCUCAAAGAUCCAAGAAGAGGAAGGGCUGGGAGAGAAAAGCAGAAUUAACCCAUUCAAAUUUGUGAGCCUGCAGAACUUCCCUUGCUCUUCAGACAGCCUGUGUGAGGUGCUGGCCAUGGACUUCCCCUUCGAGGUCGAUGGACUUCUCUUCUACCACAAGCAAACCCACUACACCCCCGGCAGCACCCCGCUGGUGGGCUGGCUCCGACCUUACAUGGUGUCCCAAAUCCUGGGGCUGGCUGUACCCACCACCCCCCUCACUGCCAAACCAGACUACGCUGGGCGUCAGCUCCAGCAGAUCAUUGAGAGCAAGAAGAGUAAAAAGCUGGCAGGGGAAAAGGGUCACCUGGCUGCAAGGAAUGGACAUUACGAGUUGGAACACUUGUCUACCCCUCAGCCAGGAAACUCUCCAGAGGGCCAGGAUGGAGCAGGGAGCCAGAUGGAGAGUUAAGCUGCUGGGGAAGGAGAAAGCAAAAGGUUCCCUGCUUCUCACUAUCCCUUGUGCUCCCUGAGUAGGGGGGGGGAAAGGUUAUCAUAGGAUUUUUGUUUGAAAGGCACAAAAGUGGAAUCUUGUGCUGCUGGAUUAUUUUUUUUAAUUAUUUUUGUAUUAUUGUUCUUGUUUUGGCCAAGGUUUCUGUGAGGCCUUACAGAGGAUUGUCUGGUGGUUUGCUGAGGCAGUUGGUGCGUUGGGAAACGAAAUGAUCUGUCCCCACACUGCAGGGUUCCUGGUUCAGCCCCUGACCCUGCUUCUGUUAAAGCCUCUGGCAAAGCUCCAGUGUAGGAGCAGUGCUCAGACCUCCGAGGUGCAGCUGCUGCUCCUAAACCCAGCCCCGGAAAUCAGGGCACUUCAGCCUUUGAUCCAGCUGUUUACUGAGGCCUUCUCAAUGAAACUUUUGUGGUCAGUCGGCUUCUAGGAACAAAAAAGUUUGCAGCAGGCUGCUGUAAAUCCCAGGGCUGGGCUUUCCACACCCACGUGUUGCUGAGAAGAACUGAAAUUUCAACGGGCCCUGCCUGUGAGCCCAGCUUUGUGUGGCAGGAGCCUUGGACUCCAGGCUUUUCUCAGUGGGGGGAGGAAGGAACGGUUUAGCUCUGGAAAAAAAAAAAAAGCUAGCUAAGCUUUGAUUGUGCCAAAUAAAAGGUUUCUCAGAAAGACAAA